AUGAAAUCUUCGGCGGUCGUCUGCCUUUUACACAGCCUUUAUAAUCGGCUACCACCGGAUGCUUUGCUGUUAGCGUCUUUUUCGCUGAAAACCAAAGCUUUUCGUGCAAUGGAUAGCAAAGCAGACUUUGUAAUAGACGUUAAUCCUAUCGGACUAGGCUUUGGGAAAGACGUUAAUGGAAAAAUGAAGAUUACUGUGUGGAGAACAGACACAACACCAACUGUCACUGAAUUGCUGUACACCAUCGGAGACCGUUCUAUCAAAUGUUUUUACCCCGGAGCAAAAUCCUUCAUGGCGAUGUAG